UGGAUGAAGCAUGAGUUAGAGAUAAAAACCAGAAAAGGAGAUAUGGAUUGCUCUUAUGGUUUUCCCAUAACACGUCCAAGAGAUGUUUCUCUUCAGGAACUAAGCAAGAGGCUGGCCGAGUUUGCUGAAGUGAGAGGAUGGGAUCAACAUCACAGUCCUAGAAAUCUUCUCUUAGCACUUGUUGGAGAGGUGGGAGAGCUGUCUGAGAUAUUCCAAUGGAAAGGAGAAGUUGCAAAAGGAUUACCCAAUUGGAGUUCUGAUGACAAGGAAAGGUUAGAGGAAGAACUUUCAGAUGUUUUGUUGUAUUUGGUGCGUCUUGCUGAUGUGUGUGGCCUAGAUCUUGGACAAGCAGCUCUAACAAAAUUGGUCAAGAAUGCUCAGAAAUACCCUGUUGUUGUUACUAACAACACACCCUCUUCAACAACCAUGAAUUGAAUAAUUUCCACCUGCAUGCUUUUCUUUCCCCUUGUGCUAGUGUCAGUGCUGCUUAAAAAAUGCAUGUGAGACUGUUGCAUUUCAUAAAUGUUACUUAUACUUCACGUGUUAUAUAUAUACCACACUUUUUAUGAUAUAA